AUGACUGCACCAGCUGCACAACCUCCCAAGUCCUUGCUAGGACGGCACCGAAUCUUAGCUCCCACAGCUGGCGUCCACGUCUCUCCAAUCUGUCUUGGCGGCAUCCGAGGCCGCCGAGACGAGAUGGUCCUGGCCACGAAAUACACAAAUGCCUACAAAAGCUACCUGGGCACUCAAGUCCAGCAAAGCAAUUAUGGCGGCAAUUCGAGGAAGAGCUUGCACGUCAGCGUAGAGCAAAGUCUGAAAAAGCUGCAGACCAGCUACAUCGACCUGCUUUGCGUACAUUAUUUUGACUUCUCGACGCAGAUUCCUGAAAUGAUGCAUUCACUACAUCACCUGGUUGCUCAAGGCAAAGUACUAUACCUAUCUAUCAGCGAUACACCCGCUUGGGUGGUUGUCAAAGCCAACUGCUACGCUCGCGAGCACAGCCUUACGCCCUUCAGUGUCUACCAAGGAAGAUGGAGCGCAGCUGAGCGAGACUUUGAGCGUGAGAUCAUUCCAAUGGCUAGGGAUGAGGGCAUGGCUUUGAUGCCAUGGGGGUCGCUGGGAGGUGCUCCAUAUGUCUUUCCCAUCCUGGGCGGUCGCAAGGUCUCGCAUCUGAAUAGCAACAUCGAAGCUCUCGGUCUCCGCCUGACACCCAAAGACAUCGAGGAGAUUGAAUCCGCGUACGACUUUCAAAUUGGAUUCCCACACAACUUUAUGACUGUCACCUCAACCGAUUGUGCCGCACCAAGGGUCAUUAGGAGAUGCGAGUGCUGA